AUGCGGCCGUUCUUUUUGCUAUGCAUAGCUGUAGUCAUAGCAAGAACUUACCUUCCAUGCGAACUUCGACCAUGUCCUCCACCUGGUUUUUUUCCACCUACACCUGCACCUGGUUCUAUCGUGUUUGUAGUGCCCUCUAACACUACGACCACAAGGACUACUACCACUACUACUGCUACUACUACCAGAAGGACGACGACAACUCCACCAGUAGCAACGAUCAUAAUACCAAGGACUCUAGCGCCCCCAGGUUCCGUAAAUCCAUGGCAGCCAUAUGUAUGGCCUAGCGGAGGUCGCGUACCUGCUGGAGCAUGGCCAUGGCUAGUGACGGCUGCUCCCUAACAUUCCGAC